AUGCCCUUCGUCGCAAAUACUCCCGAGUCCUUUCUCAAUCGAACCGACUCCAAACUCGCUGACGGAACAUGUCGCGGUAUAACCUCCAACGGAAGACCUUGUCGUCGCCCCGUCGCCCAGCAAAAUCCCAAGACCGAUAAGCGUGGACGUCCUGUCACCCCUGACCCGCGCGAUGAGUCCCUUUACUGCUGGCAGCAUCGCGAACAGGCGAAUAUGUCGGCACAUUCGAGUCCUGGGCCGCGAGCCACUUCAACGCCGAUUUUGGAAGGGCGCACAAGCUUGGAUACGUUGACGGAUAGAUUGGGAUUGGUAGACUUGCAGGAGAAGAGGAAGCAUGGAAAAGAGAGGGUUGAUUCGGGUCGCAAACCAAGCGGUUCAAACCCGAAACCACAAGCGAAGCAAUCUUUGCUCUGCUGUUUCUGCUUUUCGGUCCCUGUUGAAGAUAAUGAAUCUUCACGGCCAUCACGACCAGAACCACGUCCAGUUCAGAAAAACAACUCCAUACCUGUACCACCCAAGCACAACUCAAAGCAAAGUCUCACAUCCGGCGGCAAGUCACCCCGUCGACCUCGCAAAUCAACAGGCUCGCAAACAGCAACCAUCAAGGAUUUCAUCCCUGACUCUUUAGACGCCGCUACCGCCUCGGCGCUUAUGGCUGAACUAGCCCGUCCAUUCGGUAAUGGAGAAGAGCCCGGCUUCAUAUACAUGUUCUGGCUCACGCCUACAUCUCCGGCCGCAUCUGCUGCGCCCGUUGACGCAGCGCGCUCACUGCUGUCACCCCCGUCACCAAAUCACCAGUCACGCUCUCGAAGCGCAAGUAAUGCUGUAUCGAGUUUCGCGGCUGCGAAUUCGUCCAAAUCUGGAAACACCAUGCUUCUCAAGAUUGGGCGCGCACAAAACGUACAGCGCCGAUUGAACCAGUGGCAGCGUCAGUGUGGUCAUGAAGUUGAGAUUCUGCGAUAUUAUCCCUACCUCCCAGGGUCGCAAGAAUCGUCGGGUGUGGUCCCUCACAUGACGCAACAUGUACACCGUGUAGAGCGCCUGGUCCACAUAGAGCUUGCGGGCCUGGGACUCAAGGCAGAUGCGGCUAAAUGUGAAGCUUGUGGUAGAGAGCAUCGCGAAUGGUUCGAGGUGGAAGCCACAAGAGAAGGCAUCAAAGCUGUUGAUGGUGUUAUUAGAAGAUGGAUAGAAUGGGACGAGACGAACCCAUAG